UAUAGAUUGAAUACUGGUAAAUGUGAGACAAACAUCUAAAAAGAAAUGUACCAGUAAGGAAAUAGGUAAUUUUUGAGAUCAGCUUUCGACCGAAUAAGUCAUAAGAUAUAAAUCAAAUAUAAACCGUAAUUGAAAAAAUACGGCCUACCAAUUUCACGCGGGAAUUAUAAAUGAUUGCGUUAAUUGUAGAAGGUAAGUAGCAUUUAUAUACAGGUGCCGACGUGAUACAUAAGAGAUGCAGAAUGAACAGUAAUUAUAAGUAAAUGAUUCAUAAAGUGUAUGAAGGUCUAUGAGACUUCAAAUUCACCGUUGUAUAUACAACAUAUUGAGCCAUGUUUAAUGCACUUUAUACAGUCGAGGGAAUACAUUUGUCAUGAUUUGUGUAUACGAAUAAAUGAUAAUUGUUCACUUAUGACAAGCCCACGCUUUAAAAGUCCAAAAGUAUUUGAACUUAAAUGGAUUAACUACAACAAAUGAAAACAUAUACUUAUCAUGACUGAAAUACAAAGAAACGUGAAACACAAAAAUUCAAAACGAAUUAAAGGGGGGAGGGGAUGAAAAAUGAAAACCCUUAGAUGAAAAAGGAUACUUGUCAUAAGUGAAGUGUAAAUUUUUUCCAUUACUGAGCACAAUUUACGAGGUUAUGUACUUAAACCUUGGGAAUCCAAACGAAACAAGGUGGGGGUGAUUGUGUUGAUUCAUAGACGAAAACAUAUACUUCCCAUAAGGAAAAUGUUAACAGUUGUGAUAACAGUUCACUCGUUAUCCCUUUUCAUAUUAAAAGUGUGGAUGUUUGCAUAGAGGUAUAUAAGCUGCACGCCGUACAUACAGAGAUCAUUCUUACAGGAUUUAUGAAUCAUGCAGGUGAGUUAGAUUUUGGGUGUAUAUUUGUCCAAUUCUCUUAUAAGGAAAACAACUCCGAUAAUGUGUUAAAUACGGUAUUCAACAUUCUACAACAAGUCGUAGGAGAAGAAUAUCUUCUGGCAGACUGCAUGAAUGCCUUGGAUACAGCUACUCAACAUUUUAUAGCCGUCAAAAACGGUUAUGUGAUGCAGCAUUUAGUGACUGGGACUUGUGUAAACGUUACUGCUCAUCUAGAGAAGAGGUGGCAAGGGAUAAUACAGUAACUUUGCCUUCAAGUUCAACUGUCCAGGGAACAGUGGGUUUACCUAGUACUAGUGAGACCGUCGCUGUUGUUUCACAAAUUGAAGAGAAUCGUAACAUUUAUUAAUAUGUAAUAAUUAAUUUCAAUAGAACUUCAGGUUGUUCCUAAAAAGAUGACACAAGGAGAGCUGGUCAGAAAGUCAAUUAUGGAAUUGUUCCUUCAGAACAAUGUAACAGGGGCGCUUGCGCAAAAUAUCUUGGACUGUAUUCGUAAAUUUAAUCCACAUGUGCCAACAACCAUAAGAGGCUUGCUAAAAGAUAGUGGCAUGUGUGUACCUAGAUUUCUUGGACAAGGUGUUUACUAUCACAUUGGACUGAAGGAAAACCUGCAGCGUUAUCUAGAUAGUUGGGUUGACUACGGUACUUUUCAACAUAUUGGCUUGCAAAUCAACUAUGACGGUUUAUCUAUAUCAAACAGUUCUUCGCAGCAAUUAUGGCCAUUCCUAGGUCGUAUCACAACUCCAUACGUCAGUGACGUUUUUUUAAUUGGCAUACAUGGCGGUUUGAGAAAACCGAGCAACUUCAAUGAGGUUGCUAUGGACCUAUUAGCUGAAUUGAAAGAUCUUUAUAAAUACGGUUUAUAUGUUGAGAAGUGGGGUAGGAGUGUGACUGUCAGUGUUCUAGCAUUUAUAUGUGACACGCCUGCUCGUUCUAAUGUAAAACAAACCGUCGGUCACAAUGGAAAAACAGGUUGUGAUAAAUGUGAAGUUAUAGGUUGUUUGGAGGGUAGGAUGACAUUUCCUAAUGGGAACCAUACACUUAGAAAUGAUAGGACAUUCCGUGGUCAAGUUCAAGCAAGUCACCAUCGGGGCAGAAGCUGUCUUGAGGAAUUGCCACUUGAUAUGGUAAAAUCGUUUCCCUUGGAGCCAAUGCAUCUAAUAUACCUUGGUGUUGUUAAGAAGUUAGUGUUCCUUUGGCAGGGUCUUGCAGCACGGCGAGAGAAGCAAAUGCAUAGUAAGAUUAUCGCAGAUAUUAAUAACGGACUGCAAGUAAGUAGGAAACACAUUCCUUGCGAUUUUCAGAGGAAAUGUCGGUCGUUAGAUGACGUUAGCCAAUGGAAAGCAACUAAGUGUAGACUUUUCUUACUAUAUUUGGGUCCCGUCCUACUUAGAAACACUCUACCAUGCCACCUGUACGCUAAUUUCAGGAGAUUAUCCCUGGCAGUAUACUUACUGUCGAGUACCAAAUACAGCCGACUGUUUUUGGAUGCUGCUCGGACAGAUUUGAGUAAUUUCUUACUGCAAUAUGAGAAUUGUUUCGGAAAUGAACAAAUUGUUUACAAUAUACAUUCUCUGAAACAUAUAGCGGAUGACGUCGAGCUGCAUGGGCCAUUGGAAGAAUUCAGCGCAUUUCCCUUCGAAUCCUAUAUGCGCAAGAUAAGACAGUCCGUGCACUGUGGUUAUGCUGUGGCUAAGCAGGCAGCUCAGCGCUAUGUUGAACACGUGUACUUAAUGAAAAGUACAGGCGUGAAGCACGUACCUAAAGAAGCUGGUACUAAGUGUGUUGAAUUUUGCAAAGGAAAGCUGAUGUAUCUGCAUACCAUAUUCACAUCUUAUUCUCCGGAUAAUGUCAUCUUAGCCUAAGGUAAACCAGGGAAUAAAGUUGAAAUCGAAAGUGAAGAAAGAAUACGUUAUCGACCCUAUAGCGAUUAUAGUGAUGAUAUCACUACACCUUAAGGACAAAAAAUUUAGGGAUAUAUAGAUGUUAAAAAUCGGUGACGAAAAACACAGGAUAUCCUAAGUGAAUAUUGUCCGUAAGUGCAUGAUUCUUCCAACAACUAACGAAGAAGUAGUUAUCGCUGUCAAUGUAGCUGAAGAUUGAACGAUCAAUUCAUGGUUGUUUGCUCAAAACCAACUUCCCCAAUUUUCGCGGAGGCACCAAUCAGCCAGUCAUCGUCUCAUCGGUCGCUGUUCAGAAAGAAGUCAGUAUAAAACCGUCAGAAGUAAUAUUGUGAUUUAUUAUUGUAAUAUUUGUUCACAGACCUUAGU